CAUCACAAGCCCCGCCCCCUGCUGUCAUGAGCUGAAACAUACGGAAGUAGCUCAGAACUUGUCAACAAGAAAGGCCGACUGACAUGGCAAAGUCUUCCUGAACAAAACCUCCUAAAAUGGCGCUUCUCUGACGUUUUUUUUUUUUUUUUUACCCUAAAUCUUCAGUUAUUUUUUCUUUCCAGUGUAAUUUUAAAUAUUUUACUGGAGCAACGUUGCCACAAUGACAGUCAGUUGCAACCUUUGUGCCCUCCUCAUUUUCUCCAUAAUAGCAUGCAGCCGUUUUACGCCUGCCCUCAGCUCUGCCCGCUGUGGGCAUUCCCUGCAGGUCUUAGACAGUAAAGUGGGAGAGAUCAGGAGUUCUGCUUACCACAGCUAUUCCUACCACUUUGGCCCAACCAAUGACUGCUGGAUCAUUAAGGGUUUGGAAGGAGAACCAAUCAUCCUCAGCUUCUCCCAGUUUUCGGCACGGUGUAGAAAGGAAUGGGUGUCUAUAAAAUCAUCAGCUGGCGGUGAGCCGGUUGUCCUUUGUGGGUCCAAGCUGCCUCAGCCUUUGGAAUUUCCAGGGGGAAACAUUACAGUGAUGCACCACUUCCUCCCACAUCUGUACCCCGUGUCAUCAUUUCUGUUGAGCUACGCCAGAGACACGGAUGACUGCCCAGAGACGUCUUUUGAAUGCCUUGGAGGUCGGUGCCUCCCGCUCUCCUGGCGCUGUAACGGCCAGGUGGAAUGUCUCGGUGAAGGGGAUCAUUUCGGCACAGACGAACAGGACUGUGAUGCAGAAUUGGACAAUGAAAGACCCCCAAAGUAUGACAACACGGAGGAAGAGGAUGCUAAAACUGAGGCCUAUACAGAGAGGAACCAGGAUAGCGACUCAGAGAGACGUCAGGUCGGCUCAGCUGAGCAGUACUCUGAUCUGUGGCCGCUGGAGAAGGAGCACGCCCAGCUGGAUCGAAAGCAGUCUCAGGCUCACAAGGAGAUUGUAGUGACUCCCACUCCCAUUGAGUGGCCUUGUGGAGGGCUUCUCCAGACCUUUUAUGGGACCUUCUCCCCUCCAACAUCUCCAGGUUCCCUUUUCUGUGUCUGGACUCUGGACCCUCAGGACUCCAGGCCGCUGAGGCUGGACCUCCGGCAGCUGGUUCUGGGCUCUGGGGAUAAACUCACUGUUUCCAACAGAGAGCAAGGCAAAGGAGACAUUAUUAAAAUUAUCACCACCUCCUCGAAUUACAAAUCGGUCCAAGUUGAAUCCCAUACCGGCCUGCUGUCGUUGACGUAUGAGAAAAUUUCUGACUCAGUGGGGAUUGGGUUUAAUGCCACGUUCCGUGUCGGGAGCUACUGCCCUCCGUGGGAAGGUCGGUGUGGAGGAGCAGCAGGAGGUUGCUUCACCCAGGAGCAGCGCUGCGAUGGGAAAUGGGACUGUCCUGAGACAGGGAGGGACGAGGCGGGCUGCGGGGGAUGCCGUCCGAACCAGUUUCCCUGCGGACAGAGAGGGAUGGGACCCGGCAUCCGCAGACCGGUGUGUUACCCAAUGUCUGAGAGAUGCAACUACCAGCUGAACUGUUCUGACGGCAGCGACGAGAGGGACUGCACUGUGUGUCAGCCGGGGACCUUUCAUUGUGACAGCGACAGGUGUGUGUUUGAGAGCUGGCGCUGUGACGGUCAGGUGGACUGCAAAGACGGCAGAGACGAGCUCAACUGCCCCGUCAUCCUGCCCCGCAAGGUCAUCACCGCGGCAACGGUGGGGAGCCUGGUGUGUGGACUGCUGCUGGUCAUCGCCAUGGGCUGCACAUGUAAACUCUACUCUCUCAGGACCAGGGAGUACAGCAUGUUUGCUCCAAUCAGCCGCCAGGAAGCAGAGUUGAUCCAGCAGCAGGCUCCUCCCUCCUACGGUCAGCUGAUUGCCCGGGGCAUCAUCCCCCCAGUGGAGGACUUCCCCACAGAAAACCCCAAUGAGACUUCUUCUCUUUCUCUGAGGGGAAUCCUCCAGCUCCUCCGUCAGGAUGCUGUCAACUCGCCACACCGCAGACGCAGGCCCCGAUUCGUCCGCCGGGCUGUUCGCCGCAUGAGGAGGUGGGGUCUAAUCCCCAGGCCUCCCUCCAGGCCAACUCAGGCGUCAAGCUCCAGCCAGCAGCAGUCGGACGCUGCUCCGCCUGCUCAGGAACCGGCUCACUCCGCCCCCACCAGCUCCUCACUGGCUGUGGAGGCCGUCAACCAGCCGGUGCCUCAGAAACUCGGUUUGUUGGCUCAGUCGGAGCAGCAGCAGCAGCAGCAGCAGGAAGCACCGGCUCUGUCACUGCCCCCACCACCUGUCGCCUCCCCACCUCCCCCGUACGCUCCCCCAGCUCCAACCUUGGCCUCACCCCACACUCCCCCCGUCGCCGUCCCAAGUAGCCCCUCUCUGGCCUCCAUCUUCCACACCCUGGGCCUGAGUAUCUCCCUCUUCAGAGCCUCGCCCUCUUCCUCCACCAACUCCAUGCCCCUCUCUGCCUCUCCUUCCUUCUCCUCGUCUUCCUCAGAUGACGAGGUGCUGCUUAUCCCGCUGUCUGAAGACGCCACUUCAGAGGACGACGUGCCCAUGCUCACCUGAACGACCUCCUCCUCCCCCUCUCCCCACCCACCCGUUGCUUUCCCUCCCCGCUACUUCUUCCUCCUCUGAUGAUAACUGACACCCAGUCUUUCCACAUUUGUUUGAACUUAAGCACAGGAGUGGCCCACAGUAAGACUUAUCCUCUCUGUGCACGUCUGGUGCCUUUUGAAAUUGCUUUGAGUUGGAUUUAUUGACAGAUGGAAUCAAGUAUUUUGACCAUUUAAAAACAAACGAACAAAAAAAGACCUCCUUUAGAAAAUGUAGACGAAAGGCAUGGCUGACGUAUGUCGGAGACGAAGUGCAGGUGAGUAUUGGUUGUACACUUAAUUAAUGCUGGACUGCACAUAGAAGGUAAACUUUUGCACAGAAGAAUCUUCCCUAUCCAGAUACUGAGGCAGGCUACUGUCUGAUUGAAUGAUCAGAGUUCUUAUGAUGGAAAUUGUUGUGUUUGUAUGACUGCAACUGUGUGAGUGCAAUUGCGUUUUCGUCUUACAUAGACAGUGGAGUAUGAUUGUAGAUGUGGAUUAUUGUCUCCACAUACUUCUGCCACUCGCAUCCAGUCUCGUCUCAGAGAAAAUUACUGACAACAACCGUUUCCCCUAUUUAAGUGCCUUUUUAAGGAGAUUGAGAUAAUUCCUGGAUUACACGCUGCACACAGAAACACACAGAGGCUCAUGUUUUCCUCACAUCACAGCACGCAUCGACACAUCAGUGGCUUUAUGACACCACGAAGGAAGUGCAUGUCCACACUGCAAGCUGGCAAUAAUGACUUUUUGGGGCCCCUGUUUUAGUGCACAUCGAUCGCAGCAUAACUGCGUGUUUAAAUGCGCACUUCCCAACAGGAUGAAUGUAAUCUACAAAAUGCAAACGUGUCAAAAGACAAUCUCUCCGGUGCCUGAUUUCAUGAUGUGAGUGUGAGUGUGUGUGUGUGUGUGUGGUGUGCACAGAAAGACGAGGCGCCCUGGUGGUGAUAGCGGGCCCCAAAUUCACAAAAUAAACCUCAUCUCCUGACGGGACUCGAUCGCAUUCUGUCACGUUUUGACACAACAGACUUGUGGUGUGCCAUUUGUAUUAUUAUUAUUGUACGUUUUAUGGUGUCUUUGUUUCUGCAAGUUGCAUAUCUUUUUGUUUUUUUCCCUCUUAAGUUGUUCUUUUUUUUGCUUUGUUGAAUGUAUUAGGGUCGAUGUGGAGUAGCCAGAAGUUUUAAAUUUACAAAGUUAUGAGGUAAAUAAGAGAGAAAGUGAUUUUAUGGUUUUAUUAGGGUCAACUUCACUGUAUAUAAGUAAAGAUGGGGCUGAGAUUAAACGAUUUGCACUUUUA